GUGCCCCGUUCCCUCUCAGAAUGAAGGUGGUUGUGGGACCAGACCCUUCCCUGGUCUACCGACCGGAUGUGGACCCGGAGACAGUCAAGGACAAGAGCAGCUUCCGAAACUACACUUCGGGCCUGCUCCUGGACCGCGUCUUUGCCACCUACAAGCUCAUGCACACACACCAGACAGUGGACUUUGUCAGGAAGAAGCAUGCCCAGUUCGGAAACUUCUCCUACAAGAAGAUGACCAUCCUGGAGGCAGUGGACAUGCUGGACCAGCUGAUAGAUGAGUCGGACCCAGAUGUGGACUUCCCCAACUCCUUCCAUGCCUACCAGACCGCCGAGGGCAUCCGGAGGGCCCACCCCGACAAGGACUGGUUCCACCUGGUUGGGCUGCUGCACGACCUGGGGAAGGUGCUGGCCCUGGCUGGCGAACCCCAGUGGGCUGUUGUCGGAGACACCUUCCCUGUUGGCUGCUGUCCUCAGGCCUCUGUAGUUUUCUGUGACUCCACUUUCCAGGACAAUCCUGACCUCCGGGAUCCUCGAUACAGCACGGAGCUUGGCAUGUACCAGCCCCACUGCGGGCUUGAGAAUGUCCUCAUGUCCUGGGGCCACGACGAGUACAUGUACCAGAUGAUGAAGUUCAACAAGUUCUCCCUCCCCCCGGAGGCCUUCUACAUGAUCCGGUUCCAUUCCUUCUACCCGUGGCACACAGGCGGUGACUACCAGCAGCUGUGCAGCGAGAAGGACCUGGCCAUGCUGCCCUGGGUGCAGGAGUUCAACAAGUUUGACCUCUACACCAAGUGCCCUGACCUGCCUGACGUGGACAAGCUGCGGCCCUAUUACCAGGGGCUCGUUGACAAGUACUGCCCUGGAGUCCUGAACUGGUGA